AGAAGAGAGAGAGAGAGAGAGAGAGAGAGAGAGACUUCGCCUUCUCGCUCUCGAUCCGUUCUUCGGUGCUAUCCGUGGUAUCAUCGUUCCAUCGCUCGGUGAAUCUUUAGAACAACAAUAUCUGCGAAUCAUCGAGCGCCGCGCCCAAUCGAAACCCUUUCGCUUUCUCAUCUGAUCGCCGAAGCUCCCUUCCCUUCUCUCCCUUCAUGGCCGCCGCCGCCUCCUCGGCCGCCGAUCCCUCGGCGAGCUCCUCGUCCCCGCGUUCCGGCCGCGUCGCCCGCCACCCUCGGAGCCACGUCGUUCGCGGCGAGCCUGAUGCUCCUGCUGCCGGCACCCCACCUUCGCACUCCUCUCCGCCGCCUCCUCUACCGGCCGUCGUGAUCCCGUCCCAGGAGACCGCCGAUCGGUCCCCUCGGAAGCCGCCGCCGGAGGACCUGCCUCCGUCAUCAGAAGCCGCCGGAGGGAAGAAACAGGCCUGGAAGCGGCCGGCCAAUGGCUCGAUAGACGCAGGCGCCGCCGUGAUGGGCGGAGCGGCCUCCUGGCCUGCCCUCUCUGAGUCCGCUAAGGCCUGCCCUAGAUCGCCCUCCUCCGAUGCUUUGAAGCCCCAUUCCGAUGGACUGCUCUCUGCCUCUCUGGGGCAUGCAAUCUCGACUUCUUUGCCAAAGACAAACUCGAAUCCAUCUUCACCAGCACGCCAAAAAUCAAUGAAACGUGGCGGCAGCGGCGGCGAUGGUGGCAGUGGUGAACCUACUGAUGGCGGAGCAGCGUUGCCAUCGCCACCAUCAGCUUCAUCUCCUUUGCCUCUGGCGAACUUGGACAAGCAGGCACCUCCAGAAAUCUCACCUCGAGGGAAAACAACCAAGAACACCUCCAAUUGGGACCAUAGUUCCCCGGGAGGUAGUUUGGGAUCACACGCCCAUGAUGGCGGCGACCACCUAAGAAGCUAUGGUUUCAACCAGAGGUGGAAAAAUGGCAGUGGUGCUGGGUCUCAUCACAACAACUUUGGCAGCCGCUACGAUCAGGAGCGCGGAGGUUAUGAAGGAUAUCGUCGGAAUGCUGGUGGGAGAGACAUCCAUAUGCAGCAGCGUGGUGCUCGGCCCUAUCUUAGGCCACCUGCGCCGCCUGUAACACCCCCCUUCCUCAGCCCUCCUCCUCAAGUCCUACCUUAUGGGAAUCAAAUUGUCUUCCCUGAUAUGUCUUCUCCUAUAUUUUAUGUUGCCACUCAGCCACCUCCUGAGGGUGUACCUUUUGUUCCUCAUCCGGCAGUGCCCUCUGCAAUGUUCAUCCCAGCUAUUGAUCCACAGUGUGCUAGCUUACUGAAGCAGAUAGAUUACUAUUUCAGCUCUGAUAAUUUGUGUAGAGAUGUUUUUUUGAGGAAUAACAUGGAUGAGAAAGGAUGGGUUCCAAUAUCAUUGAUUGCUGGAUUCAACAGAGUGAGGCAAUUAACAACCAGCAUAGACUUCAUAUUGGAUACAUUGCGGUUAUCAACUGUAGUGGAAGUACAGGGUGACAAAGUAAGGAAGCGUAAUGACUGGAUGAACUGGGUUCUGCCACCAAGUAAUGUUUCCGGUCAAUCUCCAGCAACACUGAACUCUGAUAACCUGGCAGCUUGUUUGCAAUCUGUUGGACUAGAUGGUGCUGCUGUUUGGAGUAGCACGAGAGUACCAAAUCAUGGCGAGAGAUUUCUCAGUAGAUCAGCAUCUGGGAACCUGAGGAACCAGUUACAAGUGGCAGUAAAUAGCGAUCGGGAUGAUACUGGGAAAGUCAUUGGACUUGCAGAUUCAGAUCGCACCAAAUCUGGAAGAAGUCUAUUCAGGAGUGAUACAUUAUGAGAAUCACUAGCCGCAAAUGGGAUGAUCUCAAGGGUUUGUAAGGUAAAGAGUAAUGUUUGCCAUGCCAGAAUUUGAGAGUAUUGGUCUCAGGUUGAAGAAAAAAAGGACAAAAAACAAGAGAAAAUUUAAAAAGAAGAAGAAAAUUGAAGAGAAAAGGGAAACAUAUAUACAAAGUUACAAAUAUCAGGUUCUACACAUGGGCAGAUGGUGCUGUCUGAUGGUGAUAUCUCGUUACUUUCUUCUUUUGACAAUAGCACAUAUCUAAACUGCUCUUUGAAUUAUUUUGGCUGCGAACUUUGUUUUUUUUUUUUCUUUCUUUCUUCUCGAAGAAGUCUGAACUACGCUCAUUUUAAGUUACAGGGAUGAAAUUGGUACUACGAACUUAGUCAAGUGACCUUUUGUCCUUGUAUUUGUUUGUGCUCUUUUAUUACAAAGAAACAUAUUGCACAAUAAUAGUCUCCUUUGUUAUCAUUUGAAGAA